AUGCCAAUGGAUGGAUUUGUUGACUUUCAAGAGAUACCUACCGGCGAACCGCGCAAUGUACAUGGCAUAGUUUUUCUUUGGUACUUUGAGCCCGACAGAGUUAUUCGGAACCUCCUGGAGGACACGUACAAGGUCAUGUCGCGCAUGCUACAGCGCAGGGAGUUCGAGAAAAGCAGGAUACAAAUCCUUCUUGAGAAGGCAGAACGAAGCGAAAUCAAGGGAAACGAGGAGAAGUAUCUUACCGAGUUUGAAUUAAUGCAUUUGAAACAAUGGAAAAAAAAAAAGGCAUUGUUUUGGGCGAUGAUAGUGCAAUUCUCAGAAGUAGUGCUGCGGUCCUUAUAG